AUGAAAACUCUGCUCCAAUAUUUCUUCCUUUUCUUCAUCACUGCCAUCUGUGUUAAUAUCAUCCCUGCAGUUCGCGGCCAGUGUAUUAAAAACCAACAACUAUCAUUGCUCCAAUUGAAGAAAAGCCUUACAUUUUAUAAUGAUUCAACUGGAUAUUCUCCAGUUUCGUCAACCAAGGUCUUAUCAUGGAAUUCAAGUACAGACUGUUGUUCUUGGGUUGGUGUUGCUUGCAGUACAAGCGGGAAUGUUGUUGGUCUUGACAUUAGCAGCGAAUGCAUCACAGGUGGGAUUGACAAUUCGAGCAGUCUCUUCGAUCUCCAACAUCUUCAAACCCUCAACUUGGCCAACAACAAACUUGGCAGUGUGGACCACAGCAUUCCAUCUGCAAUCGGAAAGCUCACGAAUUUGAGGUAUCUAAAUUUGUCCAAAACUGAUUAUUCAGGGCAAAUUCCAAUUGAGAUUUCACGCCUGACACAGUUGGUUGUCCUUGAUAUUUCUAACAUUUACAACUCCCUUAAGAUCCCGAAUUUACGCAUGCUCUUUCAAAAUCUCACAGAGCUUACAGAGCUAUAUCUUGAUGAUGUAGAUAUAUCAUCACAGGGGGCUCAGUGGUGCCAAGCAAUAUCAUCUUCACUGCCAAACCUGAGGGUGUUGAGCAUGUCUGGAACUAGUCUCUCAGGUCCUAUUGAUCAAUCCCUGGCUAAACUUCAGUCUUUAUCCGUGAUUCGAUUGGAUUUUAACAAUAUCUCCGGUCCAAUACCAGCAUUCUUUGCCAACUUUUCAAACCUGACGGUGUUGAGCUUGGAUUUUAACAGUAUCUCUGCUCCAAUUCCAGAAUUCUUUGCCAAUUUUUCAAAGUUGUCUUCCUUGAGUCUCAAAUAUUGUCAGUUGCAAGGAACAUUUCCCAAAGAGAUCUUUCAGGUACCUACUCUACAAAAUAUCGACCUUUCGCAUAAUUUGGAUCUUGAUGGCUCCUUGCCAGAAUUUCCAAAGAAUGGAUCUCUUCGAUCCUUGGUACUAAGAUGGACAAAAUUUUCAGGCUUCUUGCCCAACUCUAUUGGAAACCUCAAAAUGUUGUCCACGAUAGAUCUUUCAGGUUGCAGCUUCACUGGAUCAAUCCCAAAGUCAAUGGAAAACCUGACAGAAUUGGUUAGCCUGUACAUGCCAUCACAGAGGUUUCAUGGUCCGAUAGACUUUAUUCACUGGGAAAACCUUGUUAAUCUGGUACAUCUCCAACUGGAAUUCAAUCACCUAAAUGGGAGUAUUCCAUCAUCCAUUUUUUCUUCUCCCUUGUUAAAGGAACUACUACUUUCCCACAAUCAAUUUUCUGGUCAACUCCAUGAAUUUCAUAACGUUUCUUCCAACUUAAUUACCCUUGAUUUGAGUUUCAACAAUUUGGAAGGACCAAUACCUGUGUCUAUCUUGAGUUUCAGAGGGCUCUAUACACUUGAUCUUUCUUCAAACAAUUUCACUCGCUUUCCUUUUAAUGGUCCUCAGCAACUGAGAAAUCUUUCGACCAUUGAUCUUUCCCACAAUAGCUUGCUGGUUUUAUAUAAUGGUUCCAGUUCCUCAUCUUCCUCUUUUCCUCAAAUUCAGGAUAUGAACUUGGCUUCUAACAAGUUGAGAACAUUCCCAAAUUUCUUGAGAAACCACAUCUAUUUAGAACGUUUGGACCUCUCAGAAAACCAGAUUCAAGGCAUGGUUCCCAAUUGGAUUUGGGGGAUAAGUUCUCUUUCUCAGCUAAAUCUUUCAUCCAACUCCUUCUCAACUCUCGAAGGGCCUUUACCUAAAUAUUCCAGUGUGUCUGUUCUCGACCUUCAUUCAAACCAACUUCAGGGGCAAGUCCCAUUUUUCUCACCAAGUGCCCGUUAUCUGGAUUAUUCAAAAAAUCGUUUCAGCUCUAGUUUACCAACUGAAAUUGGUGAUUUCCUUGCUUCCACUGUGUUCCUCUCUCUUUCAAGCAAUAACUUGCAUGGGCUCAUUCCAGUAUCAAUAUGCAAUGCAAGUUAUGAGGUUCUUGAUAUGUCCAAUAACUCUUUAAGUGGUAUGGUUCCCCAAUGCUUGACUGAAAUGAAGAGUCUUAGAGUACUUAUUUUAAGGAAAAACAACCUUAAUGGAACUCUUUCUAACAGAUUUACUGGAUAUUGUGGUUUAAGAGCUCUAGACCUUGGAAGGAAUCAGAUUAAAGGCCAGCUUCCAAAAUCUCUAGCCAGUUGCACAAAUCUAGAGAUUCUAAACCUUGGAAACAAUCAAAUAAUGGAUACUUUUCCAUGCUUCUUGAAGAACAUAUCCACCUUGUGUGUCCUUGCUUUGCGAUCCAACAGAUUUUAUGGCGACAUCGGAUGUUCAAAGACCAAUGGCACCUGGCAAAUGCUUCAAAUUAUAGACCUAGCUCACAACAACUUCAAUGGUGAAAUACCGGAAAGAUCCUUGACAACAUGGCAGGCAAUGAUGGCUGACGAAGAUGGUUCCCGACCAAUUGCAAAGAGCAAUGUCCUUUCAUCUGAAGGGGGACAGUAUACUGGAGCUGUUUAUUCUUUUAAGGAUGCUAUAACAGUUACUAGUAAAGGUUCAGAGAUGGAUCUUGUAAAGAUUCUAACUAUCUUCACCUUGAUUGACUUCUCAUACAACAAAUUCAACGGAUCAAUACCUGAGGAAAUGGGAGUAUUGAAAUCACUGUAUAUCCUCAACUUGUCCAGUAAUGCCAUCACAGGCGAAAUCCCAUCAAGCUUAGGCAACAUGCGACAACUUGAGUCCUUGGACCUGUCGCAGAACAAGCUGAGCGGGCACAUUCCACAACAGUUGACAAAGCUUACUUUCCUUGCAUUCUUGAAUCUCUCAAACAAUCAGCUGGGAGGCAUGAUCCCAACCAGUAAUCAGUUUUCAACAUUUCCACCAUCCUCCUUUACAGGUAACAAAGGAUUAUGGGGACCUCCUUUGACUGUGGACAACAAAACAGGAUUGCCACCACCACCAACACGGAAUGGAAGCCUUCCAGAUUCUGGAUCUGGACAUAAUGAGAUUGAUUGGGAUCUUAUUAGCAUCGAAAUCGGAUUUACAUUUGGGUGUGCAAUUGCCAUUGGGUCACUUGUGUUCUGCAAGAGAUGGAGUAAAUGGUAUUACAGAGCUAUGUAUAGCAUCCUUGUCAAGACAUUCCCCCAGCUGGAGGAAAGACUUGGUAACCAUAGAAGACAUGUUCACAUAAAUCAAAGGUGGAGACGUUGA